AUGACGAUCAAGUUGCUAUUGCAUAGGACUGAGGCCGAUCCCAAGUUGCUAAUAAUCCCACCAUGUUGCCCGGGCGCCCAAAGUUCUUCUAGUUUUUUUAAACAGGGGUGCUACCGCCACUACUCCGGUGCUUCACUCGCGACUCUACCAGGAACUCACAGACUGCGUUUUGCAUUGGCAGACUAUCAUGAGCGGCGACACCAAGAAUCGCUGAUGCCCAGACAAGAGCUCGCUUGA